AUGACUAAUACAGGGACAGAAAAUGAUAUGGAUAUACCCUCGGGCCCCCCAGAAUGGAUGUCGAAAUUCUCCCAAAAUUUCCCCAAUCGCCCUUCCCAAUAUAUGGCUGAUCACCAACCCAAAGGAAUUUUCCCUGCAACUAGACGAGUACAACAACAAAGAAAAACGGCAGCAGCUAUUAAGCAAAUUGUUGGGAAUAACAAAUUUACAGACAAGUUUGGGGCUAGAAAAUCAUUUGCACUCCCUUCAUGGGUUAAUUUAACGGAAAUGGGGGUGAGUUAG